GUUCAUUUUACAAUCAGCAGUCGAGCAAGCAGCAAACGCCAAGAAGAAAUACCUCAUAAAGUACACAUAUAGUACCACAUACGGCCAUAUAAAACAACAUUUGUGAAACGUAACGAGAUUACAAAAGUAAUUCCAGUUGCACAUUUCUAAAUUAGCUUUGAUUCGCGUGGACAGACGAUUUUGGCAUAAUUCGCAAAGCGUGAAAGUUAGAUUUGCAUAACCAGAAGAAGCGCAUCUCAGGCGAUUAUAUAAUUGCAGUGUAUUUCGAUUGAACAAAAGCGCAUCUCCAGCUCCAUUUCGACUUCAACAAUGACGGGUUACAAGGUGGCCAAUGGCAAUGGCACAGCCAAGACCAAUGGAAACUCCAAUGGUCACAGCAAUGGCCACAGCAAUGGACUCAAGUCGGCGGACUACACAGCCCAGGAGAAUCCCACAAUGUGCUCCCGCGACUGUUGCUCCGGACCAGGUGGCUCCAAUCGAGGCAACACCUGUACGGACAAGAAGGGCGCCAAGGCAGGGAGUCUGAAUGCCGAGAAGAUCAUACCCACUCCACAGAGCCUGCUCGGAAAUGGAAAAAUCCGAUGCGAGCUUACGCCCGAAGAGUUAAGGGCCUUGCGGGUUCUCAACGAAGACACGUAUCCCUAUGAGGUCAUCGAGGAGAUCGCCGACUUCAUUACCAAGGGCUCCGGCAUGCGCCCCAAGAUCGGGAUCAUUUGCGGCUCUGGGCUCGGCUCGCUGGCCGAUAUUAUCCAGGACCCCAAGAUCUUCGAGUACGAGAAGAUCCCCAACUUCCCGGUGUCCACAGUUGAGGGCCAUGCCGGACGACUGGUGGUCGGCACCCUCGAGGGCGCCACCGUGAUGGCGAUGCAGGGAAGGUUCCACUUCUACGAGGGCUACCCGCUGGCCAAGUGCUCGAUGCCGGUGCGCGUAAUGAAACUGUGCGGCGUGGAGUACCUGUUCGCCACAAAUGCGGCGGGGGGCAUCAAUCCGCGCUUCGCGGUGGGCGACAUCAUGCUGAUGCACGACCAUGUCAACAUGCUGGGUUUCGCCGGCAACUCCCCGCUUCAGGGACCCAACGACCCUCGUUUCGGACCCCGAUUCCCUGCCCUGGUUAACUCUUACAACAAGGAUCUGAUCAACAAGGCCAUAGAAAUCGGCAAGGCCAUGGGCAUCGAGUCGAACAUUCAUGUGGGCGUCUACUCCUGCCUCGGUGGUCCCAACUACGAGACCAUCGCCGAGCUAAAGGCUCUGCGCAUGAUGGGCGUGGAUGCGGUGGGCAUGUCCACCGUCCACGAGGUGAUCACUGCCCGGCACUGCGACAUGAAGGUGUUCGCCUUCAGCCUGAUCACGAAUAAGUGCUCCACCGAGUACAGCGACAAGAAGGAUGAGGAGGCCAAUCACGAGGAGGUCAUGGCUGUGGCCAAGAACAGGCAAAAGGCCUGCUGCGAACUGGUGGCCCGACUCGUCCGGGAAAUCCACACGGCAACCGCUUAGGCAGCGAACGAGGAAAUAGCGUUGGAUUCUAAAUUUAACAUUAGUUAAUUCACUAGACUUGCAUCUAAGACUCACAUGACUCGGAUUGUCCUAAAAUUUACAGUAUAAGCCUAGGGAAUAGUUUAACUAAAUUAUGUAAAAUAAACUAGAAAUAUCUCAUCUCA